AUGUCACUUACCCAUGACGAUGCUUUAACCGGCCCUCCUCCUUGCUACAUAUACCAUGCAGAGGAAAGUAGCAGCACUCAUCAUCCAUUCGUGAUCGUUAUCCAUGGCAAUGCCAAUGUCAUCAUCCCCCGCUAUGUCUUUGAAUCCCACAGGCUUGUCUUUGAUUCCUUUGAGGACUAUAUUGAUCAGAUCUUACAAGGUCCAACUUGGAUGACAAAGGACCUCAGCAGGCAUGGUGGCACUGACAUAGUCGUUCCUCGAGAAUACUCACAAGACUUGAUACCCUUUGUGGAUAGCAUAAGGCUUGGACAUGACUCGAUCAAGGAGUACACCUACAUCGCCACCUAUUACUAUCCAGUGGCUGUCAUUGUGCUCAUCUUUCUCUUGGUCACCAAUGUUCUCCUUGCAUAUGUCUCCAUUCUAUUUGAACCCCUUCCGUUAUGCGUCUAUGCAAGGGAAUACGACACACUGUCCACACCAAUUGUGACUUUUGUUCAAUACGCAGGUCGAUCUUGCUUUGGUGCCUUUGAUGCAUUGAAGGUUUUCUACAUCUCGUCAUCUGCAUUUCUUAUCCUAAUUACCUUCCAUAAUGUUGGUUCCUUUGCGUCCUUGCUCCCUUAUGCCGUGUUGCUAGCCAGAGUUUGA